UUUGUUUGAACGUCAACUUUGAUAAGUCAAAGAAAGAAAACUAAAGUUUUUUUUCGCUAUAAUUCGAUGUAAAAGACCGUAGAAUUCAAUCAAAUUAAAAUCAAAGUGUACUUUUCGGUCAGGGGAUGAUGUCUAAAUCAAUUGGUUACGCAAAAGCAAUGAAAGAAACGUACUAUCUCGCGUAAUAAUAACUGGUGUUUGUUCUAUAUUAGAAACACCAUCGUUAAAAUUCUGAUCUAAUUGCUCAAGACAACAGAAAAAACACCUAAAAAAUCAAAAUGUCUAACAAAGUUCCCAGCAACGCUAACAUUUGCAACGAUAUCUACGCUAAUCUGCCUCCUCACAAUAUAGUUAAUGAACCACUGAAACCUCAAAAGACCAACGACUCGCCGGCGUCACUAAUAAAUAAUCAAAAUUCCACACGAAAACCGAAUCUGUGCAAAGAAAUGCUGUACGCGACACCGUUACGAAAAUCGGAUCGAUUCAAAGGCCGAGAAAAAACGAAAGCUGCGAGCAUCGAGGCUGAUCCGACAGAGGCUAGACAAAUGAAUAACGAUGAUUCGAUAGGCCGGGGUAACGGUGAUGCUGUACUGGAGGACCGUCGAAUAUUGAGCUUUCUGAAGGACACCACACAACUGCAUAAGAAAAUGGAGCUGCAUCGAGACUUUCCGAACUCGAAUUUUUCGUGUUUGGCCCGCGAGGAGCAUUUUGCUAAUUUGGUGCAACAGAAUGUUGUCAACAGCGACGCGCAAAAAAGUCUAGAAUCGAAUGAUGAGGCAACUGGUGUGGACGAUUGCACUGAGAAUUUGGAAGUGGAUGGGGAAAAGAAUCUGGAAUGUUUGAUGGAGAAAAAGCUGUCACCGGAUAAGGAGGUCGGUGAUCUGAUCUGCUUGGAUGGUGAAGUUCCUAAUGGGAUUGCUGCAGGUCGAAAAUCUACCGGCAAUCUCGCAAACAUUCACAUAAAUCGUGAGUGGGUGCUGAAAAAAAUUGCAAUGUCGUUGGAACAACGAUCGUCCAAGAAACCGAUUUCGAGUGUGGCUAACGAACCGAUGGUCAAAUCAAAGGACCUUCCACCGUCCAGUUCAAUGUUCCCUCGAACAUCAGUACAGUCACAGAGUCCGUCUCAUGUUGGGUGCAUCAUUCUCGGAUCGAAUGGUUCCGGGAAGACAUCUGUAUGCCGCAGCAUAUUGGAAGGUAAUUCUGGAACGAAGGGAAUUUUGAAUCGGAAAUUGCUCGGCUGUUAUUUCGUCAAUUCACAAAAUCCUGACUGCCACAAUUUGAGCAUGUUCAUAAGGAGCAUCAUUCUACAAAUUCUGAGUCAUUCCAGUCACAUAGCCAAAGAUGACGUUGUGUGUGCAAAAUCAUCCGGAAGCAAAACGGAGACUGACAACGAGAAUCAGAGUUUUGAUAAAGACUUGGAAAGUACCAUUGAGAUGAAAGAAAAGUCAAUCGAAGAGCAAGAACUGCUGUUGUCCGAACUCAAAUUGAGCGAAAAGGUGGCCGAAUUUUGUGCAAGGAAAUCUCCAACGAAAGGAAUUAUUCGUCAAAAAUCAGAGCCGAGUUCCAGACAUUAUACUCCAGUUAAAGAUUCCUAUCAAACGCAUCCACCUCAUAGCAAAUCUGUCGAGGCGAACAUCAAUUCAAUUGAUAGCAGUAAUGGAAACACGCCAACCAAAACAGCAAAACCGAAGCAGAAAAUAUCGAAAAUUCCGGUCAAAAUAGGAACUAAGAGUCCGAAGCACGAAUGUGUUCAGCAGACAUCAAGUGGAGAUGUUGCUGAGGAUCAAUUGGCCGACUCGUUGCCAGCGUCAGAAUCGAAUGCCAACAAAGACGACGAACCGGCGAUUCCAUCGAACGAAAAUGUGACUGAAACUGUAGUAACAGACAUUGACCGGCAGGAGGAAGAGCCAGCGGCUGCUGUUGUGCCAGAACUAGAAAUGACUGACGAAAAAUCAUCAUCCGAACAUAUUCCUCCACCAUUACCCAAAACGAAAUCGUGUCGAACAACAACGGCGGACGAGUACUACGAAAUGUUGGUCAGCAAUCCGGAUAUUUUCGAAAGUCUGUACGCUGACAAUAUCGAAAAGAAUCCCGACGAUUGUUUCAAGAAGGCGAUUCUGUUUCCACUGUUAGAGUUGACACCGCCGAAAAACGCUCUCCUUCUGCUGAUCGAUUCGAUUGACGAGAAUUACAUCAACGAAGGUAAUUUGAUAUCGACACUGAAGGGCCGAAAUUCAACGAAGAGCCGAAAUAUCGCCGAGUUGCUAUCGAAUCACAUUCUUCUGUUUCCGAAGUGGCUGUUUUUAGUCUGCACCGCCAAGAAGCAAAACAAGCACAUCACCAAGAUUUUCAACGGCUUCAAGAAAAUCACACUGGACGACCUGAGAAAGAGCCAUGUCGUCAAAGAUGUGCAGGAGUACAUCAUCAAUCGUUUGAACACCGACUUCAAAGGAUCCAUAAAUCUGUCCAAAGAGGUCAUCGAAAGUCUCAACCAGCUGUACAUUAAAUCCAACGGAUGCAUUUUGUAUCUACAGAAGGUGUUGAACGGCAUCAAGGAAAGUUUCUUUUCAUUCCGGGAAAUUAAGUUGAUUCCGUGCACGCUGAACGGCCUAUAUCUGUACAUCUGCCAGAAAUCGUUCAACAAAAAGCAAUACACAAAAAUACGGCCUAUUCUGAACGUUCUACUGGCAUGCAGUGGUUUCGUUGACCAACUAUUCGUUCUGAAUUGUCUGCGAGCACACAAUUACAGCAUCGAUGCGGAUGAAUUCGAUAAGCGAAUCCACUACAUGCAAAACAUUCUCAUCUUCAAUGGCAAUAAAAUAAAGAUCUUUCACAAUUCGUUCUGCGACUGGCUGGUGGACGUGAAAUUUGCAACGAAAAAAUUUCUGUGUGAUGUGAAUGAAGGGCACGUAAUGAUUGCGAUGUAUUAUACGCUGAUCAGCGAAACAUUGUGUCCGAAUUUGGUGCGUCGCUACAUUUACCAUUUGAUCAAAUGCGGUGAAUAUUUGACCGGCAAAAAUAUCAACUUGGAUCUGAUACUGAUACUGUUGGAAACGAAAACCAAUCUGAGCGAUUGUUUUUACACCAAUUUGCUGAAUUGCUGUAACGUUUGCGAGGACGAGUGCAAGAGUGACGAAAACUUCCUACCAAAGACGAAAGAGAUAAUCGAGAAAUUUCUCAACAAUGAACUGAACGAGGACUUUUCCAGUUUUUUGUGCGACUUUUUCAAACCCAAUCUUCCAACCGAUCCGAAAACGUUGAAACUAUUAAUUGAAACGGGUAUCAACAAUGCGGAUUGCCAAUUGUCCUACGAAUCUUCAAUGAAUUCCCCAGCUCUAACCGACAAAUCGCAAAAUAUCGAUUCCGAACUCGCCGAAUUGCUGAUAUCCAGCGAACGGAGUUGUCAACAGGAGGCGUUACAGCUGCAACAACGUCCACUCAGUCCCGAUGACAGUGGCAUUAAAACGGGUGUGGACUCAAAAUCAGAUAAGCUUUCCCUAUCGCGACAUCAUCUCACGGAAAAUCACAACUUUGAACUACACAAGGGCAAGGCGCUGAUUCACAUCCUGGCUAAUGAAGGUAAUUUCAUGCUACUUGAACGAGCGUUAAAGGCAUGCAAAGAUCCAAUCGAUUUGGAAAUCGAAGAUGUUAACGGACAAACAGCAUUGAAUAUAGCGGCAAGGAAUGGACAUUUGGAAAUUGUUCAGCUGUUGCUGAGUCUGAAACCUACUUCCAGCGACCCAAAAUUCAAGCAAGUUGAUGUUAACCAUGCCGAUAGAGACGGAUGGACACCGCUUCGUUCUGCGUCAUGGGGUGGUCACACAGAAGUUGUUAAACUGUUGAUCGAUCAGCCAUUCUGCGCAAUAGAUUUGGCUGACAAAGAGGAACGAACGGCACUUAGAGCAGCUGCUUGGAGUGGCCAUGAAGAUAUUUUGAAAAUUUUGAUCAAAGCUGGUGCAGAUGUGAACUCGGUUGAUAAACAGGGUCGUACAUCACUGAUAGCAGCUUCGUACAUGGGUCACUAUGACAUUGUCGAAAUUUUGCUGGAAAAUGGAGCCAAUGUCAAUCAUUUGGACAUUGAUGGACGCAGCGCUCUUUGUGUGGCUGCACUGUGUGGCACAUCCGGUUACAGCAAAGUUAUUUCGUGCUUGUUGGAACAUGGAGCCAAUACAGACCAGUUGGAUAAUGACGGAAUGUCACCGCUGCUGGUAAGUUCAUUCGAAGGGAACAAUGAGGUGUGCGAAUUGUUGUUGGAAAACGGUGCAGAUCCAGAUCUUGCUGAUUUUAUGGGCCGAACUCCGUUGUGGGCUGCAUGUACUGCUGGACAUGCAGUUGUGGUGAAACUACUGUUAUUCUGGGGAUGUGGCAUCGAUUGUAUGGAUUCCGAAGGACGUACAGUCUUAAGCAUUGCUGCAGCUCAAGGAAACCUAGAAACAGUACGACAGCUUCUUGAUCGUGGCUUGGAUGAAACACAUCGUGACAAUGCCGGCUGGACACCAUUGCAUUAUGCUUCGUUCGAAGGAUACGCAGACAUUUGUACUCAACUGGUGGAGUCUGGGGCAAAAAUUGACGAGUGUGAUAAUGAAGGCAAGACUGCAUUGCAUCUUGCUGCGCAAGAAGGUCGCGAUUCGGUUAUUGAAGCACUACUGUCCAUUCACAACCGAAAUGGUUGCGUUGAUCUACGUGCGCACGAUGGAAAAACGUCGUUUCGAUUGGCUUGUAUUGAAGGUCACAUCGAAUGCAUCAAAACUUUGCUGAAAUUCGGUUGCGACGUCAACUUGAAGGAUGCCGAUUCACGAACAACGUUGUACAUUCUCGCUUUGGAAAACAAAGUGAAAAUUGUGAAAUUCCUACUCGACCACUCUAACAUUAAUGUCAACAUACCAGAUAGUGAAGGACGCACUGCCUUACAUGUGGCUUCGUGGCAGGGUCACAUAGAAAUGGUAAAGCUGUUAAUAUCUCAAGGUCACGCAGAUGUUAACGCUAUGGAUCACGAUUGUCGUACUCCACUUCACUCUUGUGCUUGGCAAGGUAAUCACGAAGUGAUGGAAAUUCUGUUGUAUUUCGGUGCUGUUGCGGAUCAUGCAUGUAAGCAAGGAGCAACUGCGCUCGGCAUUUCGUCACAAGAAGGUCACGAAAAGUGUGUCACCCAUUUGCUGCAAUAUGGUGCGAAUCCCUACAAAUCCGAUCAUUGCGGUCGAACACCGAUCAAAUUGGCAGCAAAAUCGAAUCGAAAUAAUGUGCUGCGUGUGCUGGAAAACUUUACCAAGAACGAGGCCAGCUUUGAUCCGAAACACCAUUUGGCGCACAUACAGAAAUCACCCGAUAAGCCAAUACUUGCCGUCAGCAAUCAAAAUCCGAAUUUGUUAAUGCCAACGAACGCAACCAACGCAACAAAUUCGACGCAAAGCAGCAAUAAUUUCUAUGAAAAUACGAUGCACUCCGACACAAGUAGCUUACAGAAACGGAAAAGUGUCAUUUCUAGUCAGUCAACGGGUAGCAGUAAUAACGAAACACCGUUGUCGUUUACACAACAAUUGCAAAGACAUUCACGACAUAGUUCUAGACAUCAAAUUGUUCAGUCUGGCCCAGUUAGCAACUCAAAAUAUUCCAAAGGAUCUCAAAAACAUUCACAAAUUUUGCCAAAUGUCGACGAAUAUCAAACAAACUUAGGAUCACACAUACUGUCCAACGACGCCGAUCAAUUAGAUUUGGGUUGUAUGUCUCCGUUAUAUGCUACACCGCCGCAUUCGCCCAGCAGUGACAUUAGUUCUCCCGGUCAGCAUCCAUCUCUGCCGAAUUUCGAAGAUGUGGGCGCCACAAACUCCACGCUGACCAAUCAAAUGAAAAUGGAUCAUUUUGCACGCGACACCCACAUGCGCAUCAUUUUAGGAAAUGCCAACAAAGAACAAUCGUCGACAAAAUCAAAACGAAGCGGAAUCGCAACCAAUCCAGCUGUACGGAUGAUACGAUUUUCCGCGGCUCAAUUGAUUCGACGCACCAAUAAUAUGCUGUCAUCGAACAGUAACAGUCAGGGAUCAUCUAGUAUUGGAAUCAAAUCGGGGACAUUUCAAUGGCGUAAAGAGAGUCAAAUGUAGUUAUGGCCUAAGGGGAAAUUUGCGGAAGAGAAGAGAGUGGAACGUGCGGAGAUCGUAAGUUAUUUAAUUAUUUGAGCUGUCAUUCCUAAGGCUACAAAAAAUAUUUCACAGACUUGAGAUCACAGACACCAAACAAAAAUGUCUCGUGAUCUUAUAUGUCUCGCUGGUGGUGUCUGUUUUAAAGAGCUUAACCACUUAAUCGAACACAAAAUACUAAACUGAUUACUUAUUACAACUUACAAGCUAACCUCGCCAUUACAUAUACAAACAAAGCAAAUGUUUCAGUUGCUUCAGUAGCUAUCAAAACGACACAGUCACAUUUCGUACUGAGAAUAGCGUGAAGCUGAUCAUGUUCGGUGUACGCAAAUUGUAUUUUUUAAUUGAUAGAGUAACAAGCGAACGAGGGGUCUUCGAAACGUCCGUAUCGAUCUCUGAGACAUUGUUUCAAGAAAGAUUCUAGGUCGAUGGACAACUUUUUGCGAUACAUCGAUUCUGUCGGCAUUUUUAUUCAUGAUUGGAUUAGCAAGGCCUCUAUCGCUUCACUCAAAAUUUUAAGCGUAGCAUGUAUUCAAUGCAUUUAGUGGUCCUCUUUUUUCGGAUAACCAGCUCACCUCUGGUCCAGACACGGAAUAUAAUUUUGCAAUUUUAUUAUUUCUGCUACAUAAGUUUUAGGGGUCUGAAAAUGAAAGGUUGUUUUGUGAAGAGGAAGUCGGGUCAACCACCUUGAAAUGCAUGAAGAACCUCGAAAAGAUCAAAGAGUAACCUGUGAUGGGUUAGUGGUACCAGUGACAAUAUUUACUGUAUUCAUUACAUUUUGUUGUCUCAAUUUGCGUACACGAACUGAUUCUGCUUUCGCCUGAUAAUUACUAGAUUCUGAGUACUAUGAAUCUCCUGUGGAAACAACAUCUAUAGAAACGAGCAUUUAUGUGAAUCCAAUUCCAAAUAACUUUGAACUUUGAGUGAUUUUUGGGUCUGAUGUAUGUCUUACAUCUAAAUCGAUAGAAAAUGUCAAAUAAAAUUAUUUUUGUAUUGUUACAACCACCCACAACAUUCUGUACAUGACACACACUCAAUUAAUUAUUCAAAUUGUGAUUAAAUGUCAUUGAAUGUAAAUGAGCACGAACAAUGACUGGCAAUCACACAAUGGUGUUUUGGGUCUAUAUUGACUAAUUGAAUGUGUCAAUGCUGUAGCUUUGCAAUGUCAUUGAAUGAUAGUAAUGAAAUUCAAGUUGUACAAGCUCCUAUGUCGUUGUGAAUUUGCACAUCGCUCUUCGAUCGGAAACAUUAUUAUUAUUGAGUGAGCAAAGGUUGCAUAUAUGUAUAGGCACAUGAAAACAAGUAGAUACGAAGUGCAAUGUAUCUACAUUUGUCGAAUUGUCAACCACAGAUGAUUUAGCCAUCGUUAUAGUUGAUUAACUCGAAUGCUAAGCAUUAACCACAUCAACAACGAAUAAGUGCCAUUAAGACAAACACGGUGUCGAAUUGAGUGAGUUCCAUGGAGAUUUAUGCCUCGAAUUAUCAAUUCGAUUGGGGUUUUGUAUGCGCUGGCAAUAGAAAAGUCACUAUUUCAAGUUCGGUAGUACACCGUUGUAGGUGUUUGGAUGAGUACAGACUUCUUGUCGAAUAUUCAAGAUUAAGAGUAUCACUGUCAUCUGUUUAUGUGAAAAAUUAACAGAAAGAAAAUCAGGUCAUAUUCCAACUCACUAUCAGUUAACCGAAGAACCAGUGCCGCCUUAGCCUCAGAGUAGUGAGCCCAUGCGACUUGUGAUAGAAAAUUGAAGAUGAUGUUUCUUAUUAUCUAAAUUGCGAAAAGAUCGCUUACACUUCUCAUUUGUUUACACUUCUCAUCAAUCCGAUUGUUGCGUGGUUGACUGUCAGAAAAUAUCGAAUCAAAUAUCUCCUUUUAACAGCGUCUUCCUCACUGUCCUGUCGUGAUUUUGUUGUUUUGGAAUUGUCCUUUACCGAUUGUUGGUUUCAAUUCGUCGUUUCGUUUCCAUUACAAGCUAUGAUGCAACUGAAACCUUAAUAUAUUUUGGAAUAUACAAAUUUAUAUUUUGCGCAAUAAAUACAACUCAAGAAACGUUGCAUGGUAUACACUAUAACAAAUAUAUUUAAUUAAUCGAAUGAACUAAGAGAAAUGAACAGAGGGAGAGAGAGAAAGAGAAACAAAGUUAAUUACACUUACCAUAGAGACGAAUCCAACAUUGAAUAAGAUAUACAAUAAAUUAACAACAAGAAAAAGAGAAAAAAUAAAACGAAAUUAAUUAUAGAACAAAGAAGGAAAACCACUCAAUACAAAAAGUCUAGAUACGUAUUUUAAGAAUAUAAGCAAAACAAAAAGCAAAUAUUUAAAGUAUUUUUUGAAAAUGAACAAAAUCAGAAACACGGAGGAGGAGCAAUGUUUCGUUUUGGUGACACACAUUUUUCUUUUAACGUACUCUUUUGAAUGAGCAUCGUGAUUAUCAUCCCAACCUAUAAUGCUACGUUAUAUUUCAGCCAUUCUAAGACAUAGUUAUUGAAAAUGCGAACUAUUUAUUCAUAGAGCAUGCAGUUAGAGUUCUCGUAGAAACAAACGACAGGCUCAAAUUCUUAGGAAUUUAUGCGAUUCUUUUGUAUUUUUUCCUUUGGAAGGGAUGACUUUUGGGGUUUACGCGAAUGUCAGAAUUCCACCCAUUCCAAGUUAAAACGACCAUGCCGAAAAACAUUAUUAACAGAUUGACCCUAGGUCGCGUGCAUCAAUGGUUUUUCUGACAACGUCAAAGUUCACUAUCCAUCUCCCUCAUCUACCCAUGCGAUAUGUAUAGCCUUGUUUAAACUAUCAAAAAUUUGCUAGUGAAUGUUGACGCAUAAUUGUUGUACGUACGUGUAUAUGCGGGUAGCAGUUUUUUCAGCGUGAAUCUUCAAAUUAAAUUUGAUUUUUCUGUCACUUCAUUCUUGGUAUAGGUUACCCGCUCUCACCUUAUUCCGUUUUCCUUCAAAACUGUCGUCAGAUGAAAGCCCUUUGAAAAUUUUGAGAACACUUCAAUGUUCUGAAAAUUCUCGAAAAUUCCUGAAAUUUGUAAGAAUUUCCAAAAAUUCUUCAAAUUCUUGAAAGUUCCUAAAAAUUCCUUGCAAGAGUUAUCUAAAAUAGGCUAUGUGUCAGGUCAGGUCAAUUUUCAAGUUUCAUCAAUUUCGGAAUAUGUCGACCUUGCUUAAAAAGCUGCCCUAAUUAUGGUUUGAUUUAAACCUAGCAUGUCAAGUUUCGGGUUAAAUUGUGUACAUAAAUCCUUCCGAUAGCUUUUCAGGCCAGAUUGGACAUUUCAGAUUCAGGUAAAUUCAGGUUCGGGUAAACGUGACCGAGCUUCACACAGUCAUUCUGCCAUUCGAAUAUUUUCUGAGUAACAUGUCAAAUCUGAUGUUGUUGUGCGUUGUGCAUAAAGGAUGUGAUAUUAACAUAAAUAAUCAACAUAGCCCAACACAUUUCAAUUUAAAACUAUUUGCUUUUAAGCGAAAUUUUGUCGAGUCUUUAAGAAUUGUUCAGAGUUUUUAAAUAGAAGGAGAGUGCAAAAAGUAUUGUAAAGUAUGGAUGACGACCGACGAGUUCAUUAUUUAUGAAAUUUGCCAAUAGCUGGAAUAUAACGUUGCGAACGAACCUUUUUUAUUUAUUUAUUUUAGAAAAUAUUAAUAAAAUUGUAUAUCAUCUAGUCCUUUUAUUUAUUAAAACAAAAAUAUUUUUUCAUUUUAAUUUAUUUUUAUUUUAUCGUUUCGAAUUUGAUUUUUAUUUCUAAUUAUUAUACACAAACAAAACAAAAAAAAAAAGUUAAACAACAAUAUGACCCGCAAUGGUUUUUAUAUAAUGGAUUUUAGCUGUAGAAAACUUAUAAUAAAUUAAGCAAGAAGUAGUGGUAGAAAUUGUAAUUAAUUGAAUUUGAAAAAUAUUAUUUUUCCGUUUUCGUUUUUUUUGGAUAAAUUUUCUUUAAAUUAUUACAUUCACAUUAAAGUUGAACCAUUUUCUUCUUUAAUUAUAAAGGCGUUUUCGAGUUCGAUUGAAUUUUUUUACUGGAACCUUUUUGUAAAACAUAUUUAUUUGAAUAAAAAAUGAUUUAAUUAA